AUGGUCAACUGGAAAACCACCGAGUCCACCGACCGUCUCAUCGCCGCGCUCAUUGCCGCAAACCCAGGCCUCAAGCUCGAAUACCAAGCCAUGGCCACGCUCUUCGGCCAAGGCGCCACCUACGACGCAAUCGAAGGUCGCUUCCGGCGCUACCGCAAGAUGGCCGACGAGCUGCGAUCCUCCGCGCUGAGCCGCGGCAUCACCGAGCUGCCGCGCGGCCGCAACGGCACGGCCUCGGCGUCGAGCACGCCUCGCACCCCGCGCGGCCCACGCGGUGGCAUCACCAAGCCCGGGUCCGCGUCUUCGACGGGGCGCAGCCGCAAGGGCGGCGUGAAGGAUGUGCCGGGGACGCCGAGUAGGCGGGGCGCGGGCCGGGCGGGAUUGUCGCUGAUGGAUGCGAUUUUCGUGGAUGCGGAGGCCGAGGAGGAAGUGGAGGAGGUCAAGGUGAAGGUGAAGAAUGAGGCGGCGGAGAUCUUGUCGGGGUUUGUGGUGGGUGGGGGAGCGGUGCGUGGGUAUGGGCAUGAGCUGACUGCGUCGAUGUCUGUGUCUGGGACGUCGUCGUCGGCGGUGUCGAUGCGGUUUGAGGAUGGGGAGGAGGCGGGGCUUGGGGCUGGGUUGGGGCGCGCGGUGAAGCAGGAGGUGGGCAGGGUGGAGGGGUUUGUGCAUGGUGGUGAUGUCGGGGUGGCGGGUCUGGAGCAGGAUGCGUUUGAUAUGGCCGGGCUGUACUUUUCGCAGGGCCAGGGCGGCUAUGACAUGGAUGAUAUCUAUGGUGGGGCGGCUUAA